CGCACGAGCAAAAACGCCGCCCUCUCGCGUUCCCGCCCUUCACUGCGCCGCCGCCACCAGCAGCAGCCGCCGCUGCCGCUCUCUUUUCCGUCGUUAGCCGCUUCGCAGGCUUCUGCUGCACCCUAGAACGUCGCUUCGCGGGGAAAGAGAGAAGAAGGGGGAGAGAAAAAAACCUCCACCCACUCCCACAACCAAACGCAUUCCUUUCCUCGUUUCUUGAUUGUGUGUGUUUUUAUUUUUUUGAAGGACGAAAUGCCUCGCGGAGACCGGGAGAGCGAUUGGAGAGAAAAGGAGCAGUUCCGCAAAUUAUUCAUUGGUGGCUUAAGCUUUGAAACAACAGAAGAAAGCCUGAGAAACUACUAUGAACAAUGGGGAAAGCUAACAGAUUGUGUGGUAAUGAGGGACCCUGCAAGCAAACGCUCACGAGGAUUUGGUUUUGUAACAUUCUCUUCAAUGGCUGAAGUGGAUGCGGCUAUGGCUGCUAGACCACAUUCAAUUGAUGGAAGAGUGGUUGAGCCUAAAAGAGCUGUAGCCAGAGAGGAAUCAGGAAAGCCUGGGGCUCAUGUUACUGUGAAAAAACUGUUUGUGGGUGGAAUUAAAGAAGAUACUGAGGAACAUCACCUGAGAGACUACUUUUCGGAAUAUGGAAAAAUUGACACAAUUGAAAUAAUUACGGACAGACAGUCUGGCAAAAAGAGAGGCUUUGGAUUUGUAACUUUCGAUGACCAUGACCCAGUGGAUAAAAUUGUGUUGCAAAAAUAUCACACCAUUAAUGGUCAUAAUGCAGAAGUAAGAAAGGCUUUAUCUAGACAAGAAAUGCAAGAGGUUCAGAGUUCAAGGAGUGGACGAGGAGGUAAUUUUGGCUUUGGAGAUUCCCGUGGAGGUGGUGGAAACUUCGGUCCAGGACCAGGAAGUAAUUUCAGAGGUGGAUCUGGUGAGUUAGAUGAUGGCUAUGGAGGUGGUCGUGGAUUUGGUGAUGGAUACAAUGGAUAUGGCGGGGGACCUGGAGGUGGCAAUUUUGGAGGCAGCCCUGGUUAUGGAGGAGGACGAGGAGGAUAUGGUGGUGGAGGACCUGGAUAUGGCAACCAGGGUGGGGGCUACGGAGGUGGAUAUGACAACUAUGGAGGAGGCAAUUAUGGAGGUGGAAAUUACAAUGACUUUGGAAAUUACAACCAACAACCCUCAAACUACGGUCCAAUGAAGAGUGGAAAUUUUGGUGGAAGCAGGAACAUGGGAGGACCAUAUGGUGGAGGAAAUUAUGGUCCUGGAGGAAGUGGAGGAAGUGGGGGAUAUGGAGGGAGGAGUCGUUAUUGAACUUCUGUAAGCUUUUCAUGGGCUUCACUGUAUAAAUAGGAGAGGAUGAGCCCAGAGGUAACAGAACAGCUUCAGGUUUUCGAAAUAACAUUGUUAAGGAAACACUUAUCUCAGUCAUGCAUAAAUAUGCAGUGGUAUGGCAGAAGACACCAGAGCAGAUGCAGAGAGCCAUUUUGUGAAUGGAUUGGAUUAUUUAAUAACAUACCUUACCAUGGAGGAAGGAUUGUAAAAAUGCCUUUGAGACAGUUUCUUAGCUUUUUAAUUGUUGUUUCUUUUUAGUGGUCUUUGUAAGAGUGUAGAAGCAUUCCUUUGAUAAUGUUAAAUUUGUAAGUUUCAGGUGACAUGUGAAACCUUUUUUAAAAAAAAUUUCUCAAAGUUUUGAAAAGCUAUUAGCCAGGAUCAUGGUGUAAUAAGACAUAACGUUUUCCUUUUAAAAAUUUAAGUGCGUGUGUAGAGUUAAGAAGCUGUUGUACAUUUAUGAUUUAAUAAAAUAAUUCUAAAGGAAA